AUGCAGAUGACCAGCUCCAAGACUAGCCCAUCCACCCAGCUGGUGCUGAGUGAAGAGCAGAAGCUACAGAUUUAUAAGGAGCUCGUCGACCUCCAAAUUGAAACCAAUGGCUUGAGGGAGCAAUAUGAGACCGAGAGCUUUGAGCUGAAGUGUGAGAUUCUUACACUGGAGAGUAGAGUCCUAGAGUUAGAACUGACUGGGGAGAAAGCUGGUCAUGAACGGGCAGAGCUGGCAGAACAGUUAAGGAUACUGGAAGGCAAGCGUCAGGAGCUGUCCGAUGCCUACAUCAGCCUGGAAAACAACUACCAGACUGUAGCCAAGCAACAUGAACCUGAGGUGCUUCAAAGUGAGGAGCUGGGCCUAGAACUAUUUACCACAUCCAAGAAAAACCCCUCUUUCCCAGCCUGGCCAGAACUAUCAUCUUCUUCCCAACCCUCAGAACUUGGGGUAGCUGCUGGGACAGCUGCCAAGCCGGAGAGAAUCAGAUCACUGGUGCAGGGGUUCCAUCACCAGAAACUCAAGGUAGAAGAAACCAUUGCCUCUGAACAGAAGCAGAAGAAAAUGGAAAAGAAGUUGCUGGCCAGCCAAGAGUACAUUCGGGAAGAGAUGGAAAAGAUGAAGCUACUGCAGAAGACUCAUCAGGAGAAGCUGGAAGAGAGAGUGGCCGUGCUGGAAAAAGAACUCCAGGAUGCCAAACAGGAGAUGCGUGGCACACAGCACAAGAUGGAUGAGCAGGCUAUGGCACUGUCUGCUUCCCAGAGGCAGCUUCGAGAAGUGGAAAAGGAGAAUUCCAGACUGCAGCAACAGUUGAAGAUGAUGAAUGACGAGUAUCGAACCAGGCUUCUGCACUAUGCAAAGAAGAUGGCGUCUUACAUGGACGACACUACCCAGGGCCACCAGGGGCCUCAACAGACAGAUGCUGCAGAACCAGGUGCAAUGAAGAAACUCUUGGAUGGAAUGCUAACUGACAUGCAGAUGUCAAACCGAAGCCGAGAACAACAACUGGCCAGAGUUGCCCGAAACUAUAAGAAGAGGAUGGAGAGCCUGAUGCAGAGGCAUGAGAGUCUACUCAAUGCCUACAGGGUCCAGAGGGAACAGAUUAAAGCCCGGGGUGGCCCCAACAUGGAACCUGGUCCUCCAGAAGCUCACUUCACCAUCAACGAGGUUGAUCUUCAGUCCAACCUAACCCAGGAACUUAACAGACUUCGUGAAGACAAGGCUCAAUUGGAGACCCAAAUUCAGGAGUUGCAGGCCAAGAAUGGACCCACCAAAGGCUCUGAUUUGGGGGCAUCUUUGCCACAGGAUGAUGUGGUCUGGGCUGAAAUCCAGAAGCAGCUUCAAGAGUUUACCCAAAAUACUCAGGCAGAGCUUGAGAAGGAGCGGAGCCAUUUGUGGAGCCGGGCCUUGGUGGCAGAAGAACAACUCUCACAACUGCAAGAAUAUGUGGACAAACAUCUAGGCAGGUACAAGCAGGAGAUCUUAAGGCUGAGGAAGCUUCUGGGGAACGAGUCCUCUUCCUCAUAGGCAGCUGAAGCAGUUUCUGUAAAUCCCCACAGCCAAAGCAUCACCAACCACUAG